AUGCCGAAGCGUAAAGGUUCAGGGCGUAAACCCGCAAAAGUUAGUUGUUUAUUUAAGGAUAUUCAAAAUACUGGAAAAGUACCUCGGAUUAAGUGUACUUUUUGUGGUAAAGAGCUUACAAAAAAUGACUCACGUAUGAAAAAUCAUGUAAAAAUAUGCAUAAAAUGUCCUAACAGUGUGAAACAAAAAUAUGUGAAAACUGAUAAAGAUUCGGAACUUUCAAUUUUUUCUACAGACGAUUCUAUAGAUUAUGUCACAGAUGCAAGUACUUCAAAUAUGACAACGGCAGAAUCAGUUGCUCUAAUGUGUGAUGGUUGUAGCAAUCUUAGAAACGACUCAAUUAUUAAUUUUAUCGUUACCGUACCAUCGCCAUUAUUAUAUAAAAUUUUAGUAACAGAAAAAGAAUCACGUACUGUUGUAACAAUUAUAAAAAACAUCAAACAAUCACAUGUGUUUUUGGCGAUAUUCAAAGAAAAACAAAAAGAUACUAAAAUUUCUUUGAAACUACCUGUUGAGACAAGAUGGGGUUCAAUAAUUUCUUGCUCGUUAGAAAGCGUACAAAUAAAUAAACAUGCAAUUCAAUCAUUAGCUAUUGAUGAAAACUUGCAAGAUAUUAUUGAGAAACAUCCUAUCUUCAAGAAAAAUGCUCUUAAUGAAUGUUUUUGGGAUAAAACUGAAGCUAUAGAGUUGAUUUUUAAUUCAGUAAAAAAGAUAUUGGAUUUAGAUAAGAACAAUGUUCUUGCGAUUUGGCCAACUUUCAAGCCAAAGAAAACUUUUUCAGCCAACAGUUUCUUUGGCAAACUGUUGAUCGAAUUUCAUCAGCAGCGUGGUGGAAUGGUCUGUGCAAAAGCACAGAGCUUUCAAAAAUAG